ACGCUAGCCGGAAGUUACUGUAUCACCGUCCUCUGCACGCUGCGCUAGGGAAGGCUUUUCAGCAGUUACUGCCUGUAACUGAAAUUAGAUAUAUAUUAAAAUCAGUACAGGCUGCUGUGCAUUUAUUGUUCAUGUUAGUUUACUGCAGGCUUGUGGUGUUUCGCUGUCUGAAAUAAGACAAUUCGGAGUCAAAGAUAAGUAGCCAAUUAGCUAACUAAGCUAGCAGUAACGGAAGUAGCUUCAUGCUGACUGGUGCUAAUUUAAUUUCGGUGGGAGCUCGGAGUUUAUUUUCCCCCUCAGAUAUAACUGACUAGGUUACGUUUGCUGGCGAAAUGUGUAUCUAAACGCUCCAGCGUAGUGAAAUGGAGCGCAGAAUACCAGUUGGGAUCAUUUUAAACUGUUUGCUAAUUAGGGUGAAGGAGUCGGCUAGUAGCUAAUAUGUAGUUGGUGAAAGUCGCUGUCAGGAUGCUACAGGUGCCCUACGGUUCUCCUGACCGUGAUAAACCUCUCAUCCGCCUGCCUUUCACCUUCUUCGCUGUUGUGACUGUCUGUCUGCCGUUGCUUGGACUCAUCACUUGCAUUACGGUUUCGCUUCUGUAUCACUACAAUGAAGCCACCUAUACCCACUGCCAGGUCCACAACUACCUCCCAUCCAUCAGUGCGGCCAUUAGCCUCACACCAGAGCGAUAUAUCUGGCGUUUCUGUAUCGGCCUACAUUCUGCCCCACGCUUCCUGGUGGCGGCAGCCUACUUCAGCUUCUACCGAGGCCGCUUUGGCAGGCAGCUCAUAGACCAGCUGCUGAGCAUCUUCACUCUUUUCUGUGCCCUGAGUGAAAAUGCAGGGCUGCUACUGCUCACCUAUGUCUGCUCUACUGAAACUUACAGUCUUCAUAAGAACGGCUUCAUUGUGUUCAUUGGGAGCUCCCUGCUGCACAUGAUGUGCACCUGCAGGCUGUGGCAGGUGAUUACGAAGUAUCCUGUUAGUGCUGAGGAGAUGACAUCAUACCGCUACAAGGUCCGCCUCUUCCUCUUCAACGUUGGCUUGUGUUUAUUUGCUGGCUACUUCUUCAUGCGCCACAACAAGUAUUGUGAACCAGGAAUUUACACAUUAUUCGCACUAUGCGAGUACCUGGUUGUGCUCUCCAACAUGGCCUUCCAUAUGACUGCCUUCUGGGACUUUGGAAGUAAAGAUGUUAUGGUGGCAACUGUGCCGGAGGGCAAGCGCAUCUGACUAUAGAGAAGAUGGAAAAAACAUUAUCAUGGGAACCAAAAGAGCUCCAAGGUUAAAUACCCCAAAAGGCCACUCUUGUGAUGAAGAUGUUGCGAUCAAGUGGACGUGGCAUGUUUGUGUAUUUUUGUUUUUAUGAGAAUGUUUAUAAAAUUCCUAAAUGUACCUGAUUGAAUAUACAAAUUAAUUAAUAUUGUUGAUAAACAUUAUUUGCUGUAUCAGUGAUGUCCUGUAUUUACAGUGUUUAUGCACAGAUUGUUGAUAUUUUUUUACCUGGAAUAUUUACAAGUUUUAGGAAAACUUUCAUGUACUUGAUUCCAAGUCUAACUUAUAUGACUUGAUUAGAUCUCAUAACUGCAAAAUUCUCUGUUCUCCAUGCAUCCCAAUGCACGCACCAGGGCUGUAGUCUGGAUUCCAGGUGUUGCAGUUUCUGUUACGAUGGAUCUUCAUAACUGACCACUCAGUGCUCCCAUGUGUCACAUGCUGAGCCACAACAGGAAUCCAUGUUUAUUAGAAAGUUAUAACAAACCUAGUAGAUUCUGCUUGUUAAGCCGUCUCUCCUCCCCUGAGAAGAAUAAUUCUAGUUUUUGGCUCUAUAGAAGAGAACUGGAAAGUAGCCCAGCAGAAGCACAAAAAUAGAGACGUUUUGGUCCCAAAUCUUGUUUUCGGUACUCCUGUAUAACCAGAACUAACUUUUUGCUGAAAUCCUUUGCAUUUAAAUCAAACUUCCUCUGUAAUACAUACCUCAUAUUUGUGAGUUUCUGAGGUGUAGCAGUAGCAGAUGAACUAUGACAGUGGAUUGUAUUUUAAGUUCAUAUCAAGCACAACCAUCACUGCCGGUGUAUAUAUUAAAGUACUUAACGUAGGCAAAUAAGCACUGAUUAAUAAUAUAGCUAAUAAAACGCCAUUGGUGUUUAAUUCUUUUGUAUUUAGUGGUGUGAAUCACUAAUACUGACUAAUAUAGCUUUCCAUUUUUAUACUUAAUUUAUUGGCAGUUAAAAAAUUGAUGAAUUUGGAGAAUUGGACAGAAACAGAUUUCAAAAAGUAAUCUAUAGAUCCUUAGAGUUUAAUAGAUAUUACAUGAUUGAAUUCUGCACAUAGAUUAAGUACAAUCAUCAUACGAGAAUUUAAAAAUACUUCUCAAUGUGAACCAUUCUUUAAAUGUAUGAGUAUCAAAGCGGUGCACUUCCUGUGUAAUUCCUGAUACAGUGAGGUAAUUCUGGUAAUUUUUAUGUACCUAACCGCUUCAGAUAAGUGUAAAAUAAAUUUCUGUGUUCCAACAUGUUCCUAAGCAUGUAGCUACUAGAUGAAAUCCUCUUAAAAAUAAAGUUCUUGAACGGG